AUUGAAGUUUCCGGUAUCAAAAGGACAAUUUAGUUUGUUUUUUUUAAAACUAAUCAAAUUUGCCUUGUUAUUAUGAGUAUGAUCCAAUGAUGGCCAAAAGAUACACACCGACUAAAACAUCGUUAAUGUAAUAUGCCACACUGAAGGUAGUUCUUCCUAUGGUAUUAUUAUAAGCUUACUCAAAUGGAUAACAAUAACAUUCCAUUAGAAAACCAACAACAUAUAACUAUUGAUGGUAUAAUUGAUAAUGUGGAGCAUCAGUUUGUUUUACCAAUGGGACAAACAAUACAGGAAGAUCAAGUUCAGCAGCUUGCUAUCGAACUUACUUCAGACAAUGGUGUGAAAUAUUUGUACAUACUUACUGAUGGUACCUCAGAACAAAAGGUCAGCAGUGUCGAAAAUAUAGUCAGUACUGAAUCUAUUACAUUCCAAAACCAUCCAGAUGAACAGCUUGAAUUGCAGGAAGAUAUUUGUUCACAGCAAAGCAACAAUGCAGUUAAUAUAGAAAAGGAUGAAAAACUGAAACAAAUUGAGGACAGAAGUUGUGGAACAAUGACUGAGGAUGAUUACUUGGAACCAGAACAAACUGUACCAGUAUCCAAGGAAACAGCUGUUAUUCCUCCUACAGUAAAAUUACCCAAGAUCAUUUUUAAAACAUCUGGUCCAAAAGAUUUGGUUAGUGAACCAAUACUUUCAGAAACUGUAAUAACACCACUAACUGUAUUAUCUGGAACAUAUAGCCCAAAAGCUGUAUCUCCAGAAGUUACUAUUAAUAAAUCAGCUAUGUCAGAGGUCACAGAAAGGUCAAAUGUGAUAAAUAGUCAAAAGGCAUUAGAAAAUGAUCAAAUAAGGAAAGAAGUUCAAGAUGAAAAUGGACAAAUUAACAUUGAAAAGUCAACAGAACAAGAAAAGGAAAUCCACAGUGGGCAAUUACUAGAAGAGGAAAUAAACAUAAUGAAUGAAAUGAAAAUGGUUCCAUUAACAAAAGUAUUAGUCCAUAAAUUUUAUAAAAACAAGGUAAGCAAAAUUAUUCCUGAACAAAAUGACAAUGGUUCCAAAAAUGAAAAGAAAAUGAAGGAAUCUGCAGAAGAAAUGAGUGAGGAUGAUAGUGAGAAUAUAAGUAGCAUGGAGGAAUCAGAUUCUGAUGUUGAUCAGAGCAUCACUGAAGAAGAAAUUAAUCGAAUGGAAACAGCUCUUAAACUAGACGAUGAAACAUGUAAGGAAAUCUUGGCCAGCCUUGAAAUGGUGGAAGACAAUAAAGAAAAGUCAAAUGAAGAUGGAGGGACUCAGAAAACGAAAGCUCUAUAUGAAAGACCAAAAACAAGGAAUUCAACAAAAAAUAGUAUCAAAGAAAACUUAAUGAAUAAAGGUCCUGAAGACAAGAAGCCAAAACCUUUUGCAUGUAAAAUCUGUUCUAAAGUAUAUACCUAUAUUCAUACAUUACAAGAACAUAUGAAGAACCAUGAAAACGAAUCAUACCAAUGUGAAAAGUGUGAUAAAACAUUUAAAACUCCUAAAAAAUUAGCAAGUCAUAUAAAAAGACAUUCCACUAAACAGCCACAUUUAUGUGAAAUCUGUGGCAAGUCAUUCAGAAUAAAAGAAACAUAUCAAAACCAUUUGUAUACACAUUCAGAGAAUGCUGAAAAACCAUAUAAAUGUGAUGUUUGUGGAAUAUCCUUCAUCAAAAAGACAUACCUUAUCAGACACUCUACCUGCCAUACUGGUGUAAAACCAUUUAAAUGUGAUGAUUGUCAAAUGAAAUUCAGAACAAAAGGUGACCUUCAACGACAUGAAAGAGUGCAUGGCGAGAAACCAGGUGUGAAACAAUUCAAAUGUGAAAUUUGUAAUCGAAGGUACUGUGCCGAAAGUGGCCUGAUUAGACAUGAAAGAUCUCACAAAGGAGAAAAACCACAUAAGUGUGAUAUUUGCUCUAAAGCUUUCUCCAUGCCUGGUGACUUGAAAAGACACGUCAAAACACAUUAUGGUGGGGAUUAUCUCCCUUGCGAGAUUUGUAAUAAAGUGCUGACGUCCAGUGUAGGGUUGAAGCGACAUUUAAGAAUGCAUUCUGGAGAAAAGCCGUAUGAAUGUUCUAUAUGUGGAAAUAAGUUUGUUGAUCAGUGGGGCUUGAUGAAGCACAAAAAGUCACAUGAAGAGGCAAUCCAACCAGCACAGCCAUCUGUCCAAAUAAAGAACAAAAAGUCACAUGAUAUAGGCGCCCAAUUAGAACAGCCAUCUGUUCCAAUGAAGAACAAAAAGAUAUCAGAACUUGAACAGCCGUAUGCAUCUUUGACAGAAAUGCAUAUUAAACGAAUAGAAAAAGAGUUAAAAAAACAACAAGUUAUCGUAGUGGAACAGUCAGAAACAUUUCUUCAGACUGCCAAAUGAAGAACUAUUUUUGGUGUACCAUAAGAUUUCAGGUGCUUUGACUUGUAUUUAUUUGCUCAUUUUUCUCAAAUACUUUGGAUUUAUUUAUUUUUGUGCAUGCAAUUUUAUUUGACUGUUAAAAAAUUUCAUUUUUCAUGGAAACAUAUAAAUUCACGGUUUUGCCAAAGUCUGCAUACAACCCUAUAUUUAAUAUGUACUUUGUUGUAUACUUAAAUUUGUUGUUCUUCUGUAGCAAGGAAAAUCCAGAAGAAUAAGACGCCACUAAUAAUAAUGAACCCACAGUAUAUGAUCUUUGAACUAAAACUAAUUAAAUCUCACCUACAGCAAAAAGCACAAUACAAAAACCCUACAUGUGAUAUAAAUGUUACAUUUCAGAUGCAUUAACACCUUAUAUAAAGUUUUGAUCUUGGGUUCAUUUUUGAACACACACUUAAAAGGAGGAUAGUUUUAAAAAAGUUUACAGCCAUUUGACCCUUCUUCUUUCCUUUGGACAUGGUUUUUGAGGUUGUUUUUUUUAGGUUUUUGAUUGUUCUUUAGAUAUUUUUCUUUUAAUUUAUCAAAACAUGUAUACUUUAUUUGAUAAGUUGAAAUGCAUUAAUAUUAUUAUUAACAUGUUUGAUCACAUGCAUUAAUUUAUUCUUAUUAUAUUGUUGAUUAACCUUGCAUUAGUUUUAAGAUAAUAUGUGGUAAACUUAAAAAUGUUUAACUUAACAUCUCUUAAAAAAACUAUUAAAAAUAUAAAAUUGA